CUGUAACCCAGCCUGUGUGAAGACUUUUUACCCUCUCGUUCUCUCUGUGUGUACCAUUCCCCAUGCCAGCUCUACUGGCAGCUCCAACAACAGGUCCACAGCCUUUCUGCACAGCUGCAGUGGGAUAAAUCCACGUUUUGAAAGCAUGGACAGCAGUCCUCUGCAGGUGGUGACUGUCCCGACAGCUCCCUACCCCGACCAGAGUCCGGGCACCUGUGGCCUGAGGAAAAAGCUCUAUGUUUUCCAAUCCAGGAGGAACUAUCUGCACAACUUCAUCCAGAGUAUCUUCUCCUCCAUCGAUCUGCGUGACCGUCAGGGCUCCACCAUGGUGGUUGGGGGUGAUGGGCGCUUCUUCAACCAAACAGCGAUUCAGGUCAUUGUGCAGAUGGCAGCUGCCAACGGGGUGGGUCGCCUGAUCAUCGGACACCACGGCUUAAUGUCCACACCAGCCAUCUCCUGUGUGAUCAGGAAAUACAAAGCCAUCGGUGGCAUCGUGCUCACUGCCAGCCAUCACCCCGGUGGACCCAACGGAGACUUUGGCAUUAAGUUCAACACCGCAAAUGGAGGGCCAGCCAAGGAGGCUAUUACAAACAAGAUCUUUCAAAUCAGCAGAACCAUCGAGGAGUUUGCCAUCUGCCCGGGACUCCAUGUGGAUCUCACAGUAUUGGGAAAACAAACAUUUGACCUGGAGAAUAAGUUUAAACCCUUUGCAGUGGAAAUUGUGGACUCUGUGGAAUCCUAUGCAAACCUGUUGAGGAACAUCUUUGACUUUGCUGCACUAAAGGAGCUUCUCUCUGGCAAAAACCGCAUCAAGAUAAGACUAGACGCCAUGCAUGGAGUGGUAGGACCAUAUGUGAAGAGAAUACUCUGUGAUGAGCUGGGCUGUCCCGUCAAUGCUGCCAUAAACUGUGUCCCAAUGGAAGACUUUGGGGGUCAACACCCAGAUCCUCAUCCUAUUUACGCUGCAGAUCUGAUUGACUGCAUGAAAGAUGGACAGUAUGACUUUGGUGCAGCAUUUGAUGGUGAUGGGGAUCGUAACAUGAUCCUCGGGAAGCACGGCUUCUUCGUCACCCCGUCUGACUCUGUUGCUGUGAUUGCUGACAACAUUUUCUGCAUCCCAUACUUUCAGCAAACCGGGGUGAGAGGUUUUGCUCGGAGUAUGCCCACUAGCGCAGCCUUAGACAGAGUAGCCAAAGCAACAAAAAUCGAGUUAUAUGAAACUCCCACUGGAUGGAAGUUCUUCGGGACUCUAAUGGACGCGGGCCGACUGUCACUGUGCGGAGAGGAAAGCUUUGGGACAGGUGCAGACCACAUUCGUGAAAAGGAUGGACUUUGGGCCGUGCUGGCAUGGCUGUCUAUCUUAGACACAAAAAGAAAAAGUAUGAAGGACAUUCUUACGGACCACUGGAGAACAUAUGGAAGAAACUACUUCGCCAGAUACGACUAUGAGAAUGUCGACAUAGAUGCCGCCUGUGAGAUGAUGGAGGACUUGGAGAUCACAAUAGCAGACAAGUCCUUCGUGAAGCAGAGAUUUGCUGUGGAAGACAAAAUGUACCACGUGGAAAAAGCAGAUAACUUUGAGUACACCGACCCAGUAGACAGCACAAUCUCCAGAAAUCAGGGCCUGCGGAUAGUCUUCACAAAUGGUUCUCGGAUCAUCUACAGACUCAGUGGGACAGAGAGUGAGGGCGCCACAGUUCGAAUCUACAUCGACAGCUACGAGAAGGAACAAAUCUUUGAAGACACACAGGUCAUGCUGGCACCCCUGGCAACCAUCGCUCUAAAGAUUUCCCAGCUCCAUGAAAGAACAGGUCGAAGUGGCCCAUCACUUAUUACGUGAUCCAUUAAUUGUAAAAUGACACUUUCAUUUUCUGCUAACUUUUUUUGAUGAAAUGAGCUGCAAGCUGGAAUGUGUCAGCACAUACAACCUGCACUAGUUUGUAUUUUCCUUUAUUAUAUAACCGCUAAAUGUCAUUGUGUUACAUUAAACAACUGUUUAUUUU